AUGGUCCGCGUAGGUGCGUUGCUGACAUCGGCGCUGGUGUUUUUGGCACUCCCUGCGCUUAGUGCAAGCCAGGACAAGCAGGAUGAUCUGCGCAAGAUCAAGAAAGUAGUGCUGUUCAUGCAAGAGAACCGUGCGUUUGACCACUACUUUGGCUCCAUGGCGGGUGUGCGUGGUUUCCAGGACCCGAACGUACACAUCUCAAGCAACACCGGGAAGAGCGUAUUCCAUCAGCCAGUUGACCACUCGAUUAUUGCGCCUGCACCUCCGCCCAACGUGCACGAAGUGCAGCCAUUCUACCUGAACUGGCGUGGUGGUGACUGGAAGGAGAAGACACAGUGCUUGAUUGCCGGUUUGAACGACUGGACGUUCAACCAUGCCGCUUGGAACAAGGGAGAGAAUGACCACUGGGCGCUUAAGAACUCGGUGUACAGUUUGGGCUACUUCCACGAGGAUGAGAUUCCUGUGCAGUGGAAACUCGCUGACACGUUCACGGUGGGUGACAUGUACUACGAGUCGAUUAUCGCUUCUACAGACCCGAACCGUGUUGCAUUUUUUGCCAGCACGAUCAACCCGCCGCGUGGCAGCGAGGUGAACGGAUCCAACUACAACAUGGGUGGCCCUCAACUGAACAACCACAUCGCCGACGGUUGCCAGACAGCGUCGAAUGGCGGUCCUCUGUCGUGCAUGCCGCUCAAGUGGAAGACAGUGCCAGAGUACCUGCAAGAUGCCGGCAUUUCGUGGCGGGUGUACCAGGAUGAGGACAACUUCGGCGACGACCCGCUGGUGUUCUUCGAGCAGUACCAAAAGUCUGCGAAGAACAAGGGCGAAUUGGCUCGUCGUGGUACGUCGUUCCCAGGCUUGCAAAAGUUUUACGAUGAUGCCCGCGAUGGAAACUUGCCGGAUGUGUCGUACAUUGUGGCACCGGAGAACCUUUCUGAGCACCCGCCGUACAUGCCGAUGGACGGUGCGUGGAUUCAGGCGAAGGUCGCGGAGGCGGUGAUGAACGGAAAGGACUGGGACUCAACGGUCCUCAUUUACUCGUACGAUGAGUCGGGUGGCUGGGCGGAUCACGUCAUGGCACCGCACCCCCCACAGAGCGUUGAGAGCGAGUGGAUGAUUGAUCCGUUUGACAAGAGCCAGGGCAACUCGCCAAUCGGUCCAGGCUACCGCCUGCCCUUCUACAUUGUGUCGCCAUGGACACGUGGUGGUCAUGUGUUCACGGAGCACUCGGCUCACGAGAGUCAGAUCAUGUUCCUGGAGGAGUGGGCCAAGGCGCACGGCAAGCCAUUCUACGCGCAGGAAAUCCCUUCGUGGCGCCGCGAGCACUUGAGCAACCUGGUGAAUGCGUUUGACUUUAGCAGUGAGGAUACGAGUGUAGCGUACGUGCCGCGUGUGCGUAAGCCCUCCCAGGACUUGAUCAGCCACAAGUACAACGGUGGCCUGGUGUGUAUGGCUGUGCACGCUGGUCUGGUAUUCCCGCCUGUGCCGUAUGGUCACCAGGACUCGGACAACUCGAUGCAGGUGAACAAGGGCUACAAGCGUACGCGUGGUGACCUUACGGAAGGCCGUUACCUUACGUUUGAGUCGAACGGCCAUGCACUCUCGCAUGCCAAUGCCAAGCUAGGCACGAGUGACACACGCAAGCAGCACGACGGUCACGACCAGCUGUUUGUGAUCCACUGGCUGGGUAAGGAGCCCAACGACAACCGCUUCCACAUUGAGUCUACGAGCAACCGCUACAUUACGAAGUCGCUUGGGCUAUCGAAGAGCAAGAGCGAUGCCGCUACAUUCUCACUGAAGGAUCUCGGAAACGGCGCUGGCUACGCUAUUAAGGAGCUCGAGUCGAACCAGAACCUGAAGAUUGGUGACGAUGGCAGCGUCUCAUGGGACAAGAGCGCAACUGUGACGGUAUUUAGUGUUACGAUGUAA